AUGUCGACCUCGCGCAGGAGGACCCUCCUGAAGGUCAUCGUCCUGGGCGACAGCGGGGUCGGGAAGACGUCGCUCAUGAACCAAUAUGUUCACAACAAGUUUAGUCAGCAGUACAAAGCUACCAUUGGUGCGGAUUUCGUCACUAAGGAGGUCCUCAUUGAAGACAGGCUUGUCACAUUGCAGAUCUGGGACACGGCCGGGCAGGAGAGAUUUCAGAGUCUUGGUGUCGCAUUCUACAGAGGGGCAGAUUGCUGUGUGCUUGUUUAUGAUGUCAAUGUUAACAAGUCAUUUGAUACGCUCAACACAUGGCAUGAUGAGUUCCUCAAUCAGGCUAGCCCCUCAGAUCCCAAAACAUUCCCAUUCAUCCUACUUGGGAACAAGAUUGACGUAGAUGGUGGCAAAAGCAGAGUGGUUUCUGAGAAAAAAGCAAUGGAUUGGUGUUCUUCAAAAGGGAACAUUCCUUAUUAUGAAACUUCUGCAAAAGAAGACUACAACGUCGAUGAAGCAUUUUUGUCUGUUGCAAAGCUUGCUCUAGAGCAUGAGCAUGAUCAGGACAUCUACUUCCAAACAGUUGCAGAUCCUGUCCCCGAGACUGAACAGAGAGGCGGGUGUGCAUGCUAG